AUGCUGGAGGAAGUUGUUGCUUAUUGGAGACGUUGGGACACCCUAUCAGAAGAAUUCGACAGAUGGCUGGCAACUGCCGAAAAAGCUCUAAACCUACCUGAAGAAGAACAAAUGGAAUUUUUCCAAAAUAUCAGUUUGUGGCGAGAUAACUAUCAGUUGUUGGGAGAUACUGUAAGUUUUCUUAUAGCGACGUGUCAAGACAAGAUCGCUGUUGAGCUUAAAGACCGGUUUCAAGUCAUGUCGGAACGUUGGGACAAGAUAUAUCCCCAAGUUAACAAAUACAGUCAUGCUGGUGAUAUAUUAAGAAAUCGCAAAGACUUCCGAUCUGGGUUAGAAGCUUUAUCCAAAUGGUUAAGGAAAGCGGAGAAUGUACUAAAUACUCCUUCUUUGGGAUCCAUGGAAAGAAUUAGGGAGCACACUCAGAACUUGCAACGUCUACAAGGUGAAGUAGAAGAGAUCGAAAACUUAUUCAAAAACAUCAGCAAAGCCUUCCAAAGUCUUAUUCAAGAUUUAUCUAGAGAUGAAGUUGAAAAGAUGAUGAAUACCUUGAAACAAGAAAAAGAGGCACUAGUUAAAGUACGAGCUUUGAUUCCUGCCCAAAUACACCUAUUCAAUCAACUAUUAAUCCAACAAGAGUCUUUGGAAGCAGCCAAAAAGAGAUUAAUAAAUGACAGUAAAAACAAAGUCAUGAACAACAUUAUUAAGUCAGUAGACCAAGCAAGCAACCCAGAUGUUGCUAACAUGACAGCUCAAAUGGAUCAGUUGAACGACAGAUUUGAAUAUGUGACUCAAAGUUCUCAAGUAUGGGAACAGAAAUUACAUGAAGCCAUAAGAUGUUGGCAUAACUUUUCAGAAUGCGAAAGAGUCAUCUCCAGCUGGUUGAACCAAGCCGAAAAGCUGACAUUGGAGAAGAGAAUCGACAGCAAAGAAACUGUCGAGCAGCACAAGAACUUCUUCCAAUCGGUGAAUGAGAGAUGGAUUCACGAUUUAAUUCAAAGUGCACAGGAUCUUUGUAACUGUCUUCCUAAAGAACAGCACGCUCCUAUUUUGUCUUCGGUAGACUAUUUACAGAAUAAAUGGAAAGAGCCGCCAAGAAAACGUAGAAACAAUCUUAAGACGAAACAAAGAAUUCUUUCUUCCAAAGGUCCGCUGGCUGAAACACAAAAGAGUCUAGAACACCUUAUCAAAAUCUCCAAUAUAUACACUGCAAAUUAUCCUAAAGACCAAACCCUAAAGCAAUCUGUCGAGAAAGCUGAACAAGCUUGGCAUAAUGUUAACAUCAAGAUUGAAAAUCUAAAACAACAGUUGGACCAAGUUCCUGAAAGAUGGCAAGCUUACCACACUAAGUUCGAAGAAAUGUCCAAGUGGAUGGAUGGAGUUGAUGAUACCUUGAAAAAUAUUCUCAACGAUGUCAAUUCCAUGGAAGAAUUCGAGCGAGAAAAAGCUAUAUUUCAGAAUGUGUGUAAAGAAGCAGAUUCGAAGCGUGAAGACAUGAAAUGGCUAGUCCAAACUCUAGAUUCCCUAACAUCUCACUGCCCCGAAGACCAAGCAUUGUCGGAGCAGAAACAGUUAGAAGCCCUAAUCAUCCGGUAUAAGAACCUGAUACCUACUCUCGAAAUCACUAUGGUGAAAACAGAUACUCUUUCAAAAUGCUACACGUACAGAAGAGAAGUGAAAGAGAUUUGCCAACUUUUGACACAGGUGCGCGAACAAUCUAAAGUGCAAAGACAACCCGAAUCGUUAGAAGUUGUUAAGCAGAACAUUAAGAAACAAGAAAUGGCUAUUUCUCACUUGGACCAGCAAAGGCCAACGGUUAUGUCUUUACUGCAAAGAGGAAAGGAACUUACUAGAGACGAACAUGCACCCAACUUUAUGCAACAAGAAGUUAAAACACUUGAAACUGGUUGGACUACUACAUACGACGAAACUGUUGAUACUCUACAUAAGCUCAUAGACACCCAUCACGUCUGGACCAAUUAUACUGAGCAAAAACAAGAAAUUACAGAACUUCUACAAAAGGCACAGACAGAUCUGCAACGGUUACUCCACAACAAUAUGGUGCUGUUCCUACCGAGUUAG